UGGAGACAUUGCUGGAGCCUGGAGCCCUAGAGUUUAGCGCCCUUCCUCUGCAAGGCCACCGGACCGGAGGGAGUCAAAAUCCCGACUCCACCCUUCGGCGAGCCUCUAAACCCUAAUCCCGCGAUUUCUUCUCCGAAGUUAGAAUUCCUAUUGGGAAACCCUAAACACUGGAUUUCUUGUUCUUCUUUCGUGUUCGUAGAUGGCGGGUUCCGUAGAACAGAUUAAGCUAGGCCUCCGAUCUCUGGUGCCGGAAUCGAAGACGGAUUCGUGCUCUUUGCACUCCUCCGGGGUUUCUCCUGGCCAGGCCGGCGUUAUUAUUCAAAGAGCUUCUGGGCGAGUUGUAUCUUUGUCAACAUGUAGUAAGAUGUGUGCGGUCAGCCUGAUGGUUGGUGUGUUCAUUGGUUUCACGCUAAAGAGGCGGGUGAGGCAAUGGGCGAGUAAACUUCUCAAGCGAUUGAAGGAUGAUUAAAAUACUCUUUUGAAUGUACCAUCGGGAGAUUUUUUCUGUAUCUGAGUUGCUGCAUUGUUAUAUGUGGAUGCUUGUUUCUGUCUCGUGAAACUAUUGUUACAUGUGGAAAUCUAGCUGAAUCACCCAAACGACUUGGGCAUGGAACGCCCCCCUCCUCCAA